AUGCCUUCUGUUGUCUUUGACGUUGUCGGAACUUGCUUCUCCUACGAUAAUGGAGCGGAAGCUCUCCAAGCUCGAUUAGGCCACAAGUUGGCCAAAUACGGCAUCCCUUCCAAACUCCUCUUCUACGCCUGGGUGUGCGGUACGGAGCGAGAUUACUCCUACCUAUCGCAGAUCAAACAGUACAAACCAUUCUUCGAAAUCUUGUCCAACACCCUUACGAGAGUACUUUUCCAAGCUGGUAUACCCGCUGAGGACUUGGAGGGUUUCUUCACCGCUGAAGAUGUUGAAUAUAUUAGGGAGGAAUACAAAAAGCUCAAACCCCGACCAGGAUUGAAAGAGAUGAUGCAAACUCUCCGAGACGGUGGAUUCGAAGUUUGGUGUUGUUCCGAUGCCAAUGUUGACCGGGUGAAAGGAUACUUCGACCAUGCCGGUGUAGAAAUGCCAUUAGAUCAUGUAUUGUCCGCCGAUAUGGUCAAAGCUGGUAAACCUGAACCAGCAGUUUACAAAUUCGCAAGGGAGAAAGCUGGGUCUGAUCAACCUGGGGAAGUCUCUGUAUUCGCUGCUUCGCACGCUUGGGAUAUCGCCGCUGCGAAAUCAGCAGGUUUCCUCACUGCUUACACCACCACUUACGAGCUGGAUCCAUGUGAGUCGAUCUUUGGUACCGCCGACCUCGUCACUCCCGAUCUUGUCUCUUUGGGUAAAGGUAUCGUAGAGAAAUGGGGAAAGAAGUAG